UGGCCGCUGAGCACUGGUGGAUUGCGGAAGUAUAUGUAGCCUACUACUGACUGUUCCUGGGUGCUUGGGUUAGCCGGAUUGUAGCGCAUAUCUAAAUAGCGAGCUUAGUAAACUUAUAGCAUCUCGUUGCUAAAAUUAAAGAAAUCCACGGGAACCCUCUCCCUUGAGAUACCAGAAACAUACCAACCAAGUGGGUCUGAUCUGCAGCGGUGAAGUUGUGCGGCGUUGAGGAGUUGUGCGGCGGUGAGGAGUUGUGUAUCAUGCAUCAGAGUAAAGGAGCUGUCAGGGUCCAGGAGGUGAUCGGUGCUCUGUGCAGGAUGCUGACAGCUACUGGCCUGGACUCCGUCCCCACACCAGAGGUCUUUAGAAGGGCUAAAUUCAACUGUGGACCUGAGGUGGAGGAUCCAUUGUGGAAAUUGCUCGCCAGUGUUCUUAAAACAUGUAACAUAAUUUCUGUUGAAGCCUCCCCAGAGUUGCCAGAGAUGGCCUCUGACCACAGGAGGCUGGUGGCCGUCGGUCUGUGGCAGAGUGGCUACCAUGUCGACUGGAUCAGAUGUGUGGGAGAGCAGGGGGGGGAGUGUGUCCCCUGCAGUAGGGAGCUGCUCCUGGCCCUGGGCUGGCUGUUGGCGACAGGCGCCGUGGAGACCUUGCUGGCCCACAGAGCGAAGCAGCUUGACUCCACGCGAUGGGACCCUGCAGUGAUGACUGCUCCCACUGUGGGGGAGGCCCAUAUGGACCGCCCCUCUCUGAGGAAGCUUCAGUGGCUGUUUGGCUCUUUGAGGUCCCAGAGGCGGAGCCUUCUAUCAAUGCAGGAAGAGCAGAGCAAGCUCGUGACCAUGGCCCUGUCGGUCGGCCUUUCCUCUUCAUCCUCCUCAAUGUCAACCUUUGUCUCUGACACUAACUCUGCACUGCAGGAGGAGUGUGUCCGUAUGCAGGACCUGAGCCAACUCCUGAAGUCAUACACCGACUGGAAACACACAGAGAAGCUGUUCUGGGUGUGGAUGGACAGCGUGGUGGAGGGCCAUGCGACAGACCAGAGGGUGGCGUGUCCGCUGAAUUCAGACGCUAAUGCCUCGGCCAAUAGGAGCAGAGCUGUCUGUCCCCAUGGUGACUGGGGCCUUGAGUGCCUCAACGACAUGCUGUUGGGACUUCCGACAGUGCAGAGAAAGAGAGGACAGCGAGGAGAGGAGAAGGAGCCAGGAGGACGUCGUCGGGGACAGGAGAGCGAUGACAGACCACCAGCGGAGCGUGACGGCGGGACAGCCCCCCCCCUGCCCCCCUGCCUCUCUCCUUCAGCACAGGGGUACAGGCUCAGGCUCCAGGGGGAGGCUGGGGACCCUGGGGCCCUGAGGGCCUCUGAGAGACGCCGGCUGCUGAUGCUGACAGAGUCCUCCUUACUGGAGGGGAGGGAGAGAUGCCAACGGGCCAAUAGGAUGCAGUUCCAGGAGAUGAUUGGCAGGCUAGAGGAUAUGGUGUUGAUAGCACCUUAAGUGAUUUCAAGUCUACUGAAUAAAAAAAACAAUACUGUGUGUGUGUGUGUGUGUGUGUGUGUGUGUGUGUGUGUGUGUGUGUGUGUGUGUGUGUGUGUGUGUGUGUGUGUGUGUGUGUGUGUGUGUGUGUGUGUGUGUGUGUGUGUGUGACACUUAUUGGCUCUUAUAUUCAUACCAAUCAUCUUUUAAAUCCACUCAAAUCGAUUAUCAUUAAAUCAUUUUAAUAAUUGCUACAAAGGAACACCGUUAGGAUACAGCAAUACAAAAAAUCUGAAAUGACAGUGAUUUCUAAAUUAAAAUGAAUAAAUUACAAUCUGCAGGUGUAGUUAAUAUAGAUUUGCCCUGAGUUGAAUUACAUUUGUGGUAAUUGUUGUGCCUUAAUGAGAUGUCUUUCAAGGGCCUGCAUCACAGGACAUGUGUCACCUGGUGCACUGUGCAGUGUCAUGUAAAAUAUUAAUGCAAUGCCGGACCUUGAAUUUCCUCAUGAAAUUUAAAUUCUAACAUCUUCCUUUGUUCUAAAUGACAACAAUGUCAUUGAUUUGGUCCAGCUGGUUCCCUGACAACAUUGGGUAAAACCAGGGUCAAACCCGCUAUGUUUCCCAUCACCAAGUACUACUGUGGUCUUUUCUAGCUGCAGACAAACUAAUAUUGUUUGAGAAGAAGACAAUUAUUUGCCCUAACUACAACAUACUUGUAGAAAAACAACAAAUUCAUCAGAAUUGUGUAAAUAUAUUUAAUAUCUGAAACUGUUUCAGAAUACACACACAUCAACUGACACAUCUUAACCUUUGGGACUAUUUAAAUAUUUUACAUACUGAGGUCAGUUUAAAAUACUUCAGGUUUAUUGGUUUAUUCUUGAUAUAUACAUGGCUGUUUUAUUGAAUUUUGAUUUUACACAAAUAAGCACACUGGCUUAAAAUGUAGGUGAAUGAUCAUUUUGUGUUAACAACCAGCAGUUUCUGCAUGUAGGAGUUGAGCCACUUCUGUCGCUCCAUGGCUGUGAGCAGCUUGCUCUUCUCUCUGAAGGCUGCGUCGUCUGCUACCACCAUGUUCCUCUUACCCACGGAGCCACGGCUCCACUCAGCCGGCCAGCCUUUAUCCAUCCUACACACCAUAACAUGUUUCAUGACACAUACACAGAUAUAGGCAUGUAUAGUGUCGCCAAUAUUGAUAAUGCCCUGAAUGAAUGGUUAUUUCAACAGUCAAGAUUUCUACAAUCUUACCUAUGAAAUGUUGAGCCUUAAAUAAAAUCAUGAGGUGUAAGACUGAAAGUAAAGUCGGAUAAAUCCUGCUUCUGUACACCAAAGCUCAGACAUUCUCUUGUUUUGUUACUGUUUCAGAUCAGGUGAUUAACUGCAUCAGAGACCGCGGUAUGUUUAAAUAUGUGCCAUUACCCAAUGUUGAAAGGAUUUACCUGGACUCUUCACCUUCUGAAAGCUGGGACUUGGGACCAGACAGCCACACCCUACCAAUUAAACGUGGCUUGCUAUUGGCUGCUGCCAUGAGGCCAGGUGCUGACGUCAGCUCAAUUCCCCAGUUGUGAAGUGAGAAAUAGGGAAGGUGGACAUCAUAGUCAUCUUCUGUCACCUCAUCUGAAUUGUCUGGACUGCUAAAAACAUAGAAGAACAGAUGAAAGGUUAGCACAUGAUCUAAUAUCUCAUAUUUCAGUUUAUUAAAUACUAUUUAGUUUGUUCAAUUAUCCAUUUUCAGUGUAGCACUAGUGCCGGUGUGACAUCAAUCAGGCAAACUUGAAGAAUCCAAACAUUUAGAAUACAGACAAGCUUUAUAAUAAAAAUAACAAUUUUUAAAUCAACAUCUUUUUUUUCAGACCUUUAGAAUACAGACAAGCUUUAUAAUAAAAAUAACAAUUUUUAAAUCAACAUCUUUUUUUUUCCAGACCUUUGGGAUUCAUCAGCUAACUAAAUGAUCAUCACUGCUGUUGGUCGGUAUUCAUAAGAAAUGAUUCUUCAAAUUUGAUAAAUAAAUUAAUGGUAUUUUGCAGUUUCCAUAUUUCUAUUUUAUAUAUGCUUUUAAUAAUGAAUUAAAAACACCCAAGUUCAAAAAAGGAUAGAGGAUUGUAUUCCUGUAUUUAAUUAUGUUUCUGCAUCUGCACCAGCUUCUAAAUAAUAACCAAUAGUAUGUCAUGCUCAAGGGAGCUCUUCCAAUGAAUGCUGUUAUUGCGAAGAGCGUCCACCAACGUCCCCAACAAAUAACAGCUCUUGCAGAGCUGUUUUCUCACUUACUUUAAAGGGCUCCUUCCUAGCCGCAGAGCUAUCUAACCCUAACCCUAACCCCCUGCUGCCAGGACCCAGCUCUACAGAGGGCCUUUUCCAUUGCUGUCCCCUCCACCUCUCUCCCCAGACCCAUCCAGGACCUCACUCUCUUUGAGUCCUCCCUCAAAAUCCAUCUCUUCAAACUUGCCUUCAACGUUUUAAAUCUUUUAAUUUUUUCAUGUAAUCUUCUCUUUCUUUUAUUCUAAAUUAUAUCCAUAUGGCUAUUUUCUAACGUUUUCAUUAUGUGAUAUAAUUUAUGCCGUAAAGUUUCAAAAUAGAUGUAUUCUUAUUUUUAUUUGUAUUCUUCUUACCUGAGCUGUAGAAGAGGUCGAGGGUACCCCGAGGUCAGCAGAGUGGUAGCCAGGAUGCAAAGCAGAAGCAAGGAAGAUCGGGAAAACAUGGGCAGCUGAGACAUCCUUAAAGCACCGAGAACCAGAGGAUUCAUCAUCACAAAGGAAGAAAGAAAGACAGAGGAUUCAGAUGAAUCAUGCUUUCUGUGAAAAGGACCUUUCGUCUGAACUAUGCAGAACUUUUAACAAGUUUCCCCAGGACCAUCACUAUCGAGGACCUUUUUGGGAUCCACAGGGGGAACGAUAUCGGUCUGGACAUCAGCUAUAAGGUCACUAAAGAUAACGGCUGGGACCAUGUGGCAGACUGAUCCCAGUGCCCCCCUCAGCCCCAGAGGACAGCGUUUGGGACCGACCUUGUUCAAAGCGUGAGGCGCACUGUGCAGUCAACUCAUGGAUGCUGGUGCCCGGGAGAACGCCAAGAGCCCUGGGGUUGGACCCGACCUCUGGGCAGCACACUGUGAGAAAGUCCUGCAAAACAAACCCAACAUGCAACAGCAUAUUGUAACACAUUGAGAGUGAUUAUAUGCAGCAUAUGGAUCCAGCUAUAAUAAGUGGAGUCUCUGUAUGGAUGUCUAUUGUGGCAAGCAGGCUCCGGCACAGCAACCCUAGAGGCCCAGGGGAGAGGUGGUAUACGGGGUAUACCACCCAUAUCCCCCAGAUGGUGCCAAUGAGCGCAUCACCGCUUUCACCAAUUAGCGGGAUUCAAUCACCUGAGCAGCAGGUUGAGUGGCCAGGCUUAAAUAGCCGGCUUCAAGGCUCUAUCAAGGCUGUUGUGGUUCUAGGGUGAAGGGACCGGUCUUCGAGACGGAGGAAAACCAGUUGGAAGUCACUCCGCCCAGAGGGACACGUCCGUAUAUUCCUCCCAGGCGCACGGAGCCAAGACUCUUUUUGUUCCUUUUAGUAGUCUUCUCUAUGUUUGAAUAAACAUGCCUUUUUGGCUUAAGCGGCACAAAAAUGCGUUAAAAGGCACAAAAAUAAAACAACGGUCCUGUUGGUUCCAAUAAACACAUGGAAGCACAGCAGGUAGAACGGGUUAUACCCACAGAGCCUAAUAGACUAAUCCUGCACUGUACCUGGUAUAGACUCAUCCUGCACUGUACCUGGUAUAGACUCAUCCUGCACUGUACCUGGUAUAGACUCAUCCUGCACUGUACCUGGUAUAGACUCAUCCUGCACUGUACCUGGUAUAGACUCAUCCUGCACUGUACCUGGUAUAGACUCAUCCUGCACUGUACCUGGGCCAUGCGCUGCAGGUACAGUGAACUCAUACCUGCACUGAGCCCUGGGACAUGCGCUCUUUGUUCAGGGUGCGCCGUCUCUCCCAGCGGUUGAUGGAGUCCUGAACCUCUCUGCUGAGCUGCCGCGUCGCCGCCCUCUGCUGGUCGAAGGUCUUAAUGUGCUCCAGAGCCCCAUAGGUGGUGGUCAGGUAAUAGGACCCUAC